AUGAUGCAGGCCCAGGCUCCCCGCUACAAUGGCCAUCAAAUACAGUCCUCGUCGCACGCCGCCCACGCACAGCAGCCCGACCCCGCAGACAGCGAUGACGGCGGCCACCAAAGUGCCGAAGAUAUCGACAACGAUGAAGAUCAGCACGACGCUGCUCGCCUCGGCAAGCGCAAGCGGCCGAUAUCUGUCUCGUGCGAGCUAUGCAAGCAGCGAAAAGUGAAAUGUGACCGUGGCCAGCCGUCCUGCGGGUGGUGCAGCCGCAACAAUGCGCUCUGCGAGUAUAAGGAACGCAAGAAGCCUGGGUUGCGCGCUGGCUACGGGCGCGAGCUGGAGCAGCGCCUGGACAGAUUGGAGGAGAAACUACGAACACAUGCCGAAAUUCUACAAUCCUUGACCUCCAACACGAGCCCCGGCAGCGGGCACGGCGUCGUCGGGGCCGGCAUGACGCACUAUCACGCACCGCCGAGUGUGAGGGGCAGCAACGCCAGCCAGCCGAGUGACCAUGGUACCCCCCGAGAUGCCGUGCCACCGUCGAUAUUCGCCAGACCGGGUCACGAUACGACAAGGACGCCGCAGGCCGAAACAGCUUUGUUUCUUCAGAAGCCGUCGACAUCGGUUGAUUUUGGGCUGCCAUCCGCGCCAGGUCAGCCGCACGAGAACUUCCAAGGUGCCGCUAACAUCUCUCCGCGGAACCCCGUACAAACGCCCAUGAUGCCAAGUGCCGCUGCACAAGAGUACUAUGGCACCGGUGCCGCUGCGGUAGCGUCUCUGCAGUCGCCGACGGCCACGGUGCCGCAGAACACGCAAUUGACAUCGGAGCCAGAACUACCCCCGUACGACUUAUUGUACGCGCUGGUGGACCUGUAUUUCAAGCACAUCAACACGUGGUGUCCGAUCCUGCACCGGAAGACCACGCUGGACUCGUUGUUUGGCCCGUCCAUGAUUGACGAGUCGGACAAAGUGCUACUGCACGCUAUUGUUGCUACCACCCUGCGGUAUUCGACCGAUGCGCGACUGACCGAGGAAAGCCGGCGACGGUACCAUGAGGUAUCAAAGCAGCGAGUCCUUUUGCAUGGCAUGGAGAAUUCGUCAGUCAAGACUCUACAAGCGCUCGUAAUUCUGGCCCUGGACUUGUGCGGCAGCAGCAAUGGGCCUCCCGGUUGGAAUAUCAUGGCGCUCAUCACGCGAGCCGUGGUGCAACUCGGGCUUGCGGUGGAAACGUACUCCUUCUCUGUGGCGCCCAACUACACGUCCAUCUACACACUUCGAGCAAUGAUCCUCCCGGAGCCGCGCGAUUUUAUUGAAGAGGAGUCGAGGCGACGGCUCUUUUGGAUGGUGUACCUGCUCGACCGCUAUGCAACCAUCGCGACUGCGUUCGAAUUCGCGCUCGAUGAUCGUGAAAUCGACCGUACAUUGCCGUGUCGGGACGAUCUGUGGUUGAAGAACCAAAAAGUUGAAACUCGCUGGUUCCGCGCUGGCGAUGGUGGAUUUGGAGGGCAUUGCGGGACCGCGUCUGAACAUGAGGUUGACAAACCCGAGAAUCUGGGUGCCUUCAGCUACUACAUUGAGAUCCUGGGCAUCCUGUCCCAGAUCCACAAAUUUCUCAAGCAGCCCGUCGACAUCAGCGCGCUGUCGGAUGUCGAGAAGUGGCAGAUGCGCUACAAGGAGCUGGACAACAUGCUUCAUGCUUGGAAAUUCGGGUUACCGAGCGAAUACGGGAACAUGGCCAAGAUCUUCCAGCCCGGGUCGGCCAAGACGCUCAACUGCGGCUGGGUCAUGCUGCACGCGACGUUUCAUACGGCCGUCAUCCGGCUGCACUCUUCGGCCGCGUACCCGACCACGCGCUCGCCCAUCUUCACGCCCAGCUACAGCGCCUCGCAGCGAUGCCACAAUGCGGUGGAAAACAUAGCCGCGUUGUGCGACUUUGUCGUGGCCAACGGACUGCUGGUGAAGCUGGGCCCGCCGUUUGCGUUUACGCUGUGGGUGGCCGCCCGCGUGUUGCUUGUCCACGGCAGCACCGUCGAGCGUAAGCUCAGCCCACAGAUUGGCUCGUUCGUGGAGACGCUGCGCCAAAUGGGCCAGUACUGGCCUGUAGCGGCGCGCUACUCGUCCCUGCUGAGCCGUGUGCUCGACGAGCACCGCGACAGUGAGCGCCAAGGCGGAGGGGAGACGCCCAACAGCGUCAAGAUCCUGGCGGAUAUGCGCCGCACCGCUUUUGAUCUCGACUUUCUAAUCAGCCGUGCGCCGAGGCAUGUCCCCGGGGGCAUGAACGGUGGCGGCGGUGGGGGGGCUGGCAAUGCCGGGGGAGGCUGGCAGAGCCGAUUCACGAGCGUCACGCCUGCCAGGACGCCGCAACCGAACGAGCUGGAAUAUCUGGACGUUUUUGACUUUUUUAAUCUGCCAAGGCUGCCUAUUGGGCCGGGGUUGGGCGCGGAUGGAGGCGCGAUUGCGAGUAACAUAGGCGCCGGCGGCGGACUGGACGUGACUGGCGUGAGUGGUGCCGCCUUGGGUGAGUUUAUUACGGAUUUCACGGUGGAUGCAAACCGGGACUGGCUACCCCAACAGAGGGAAACCAAAUUUUUGAGCUGA